CCUCUGCUGCUCAGUCACUGUGUCAAUGGAGCGCAGACAGACAGCAAACAGAGGCGGCACUGAGCUCAGCUGAAGAUCUUUAAUCCGGCAUCGCUUCUCUCCACCUCGCUGUGAUGUUUGGUGCGUAAAGCAGCGGCUGGUGAUUCUUGUUUACCUGCAGAUUAUGGGCGCUCCGAGGUGACAGCAGAAAAAAAAAACGUCUGUGCACACCGGGGUGUAACCAAAAGGAUCAGGACCGAUGGGAGGAGGGUCGGCCGGGGAUUUCUUGAAGCUGAGCCGACGUCCUAAAGUAAACUGAACAGGUGAGUUACCUCGCGGGACGGACAGGGCACGCCCCUCGGCAGGUGGAACAAAUAGCGGACCGCUCGCUCCUGUCCCGCGUCUUCCUCCAUCCAUCGAUCUCUACCUGCGAGAGAACUGCGGGGCAUCGUGCAUGUCAGAGGAAUGAGAGGAGAAAGAGGACUGGAUGAUUUUGUCCCUCUGGCAUUAUGAUACUGGCCACAGUGGAAUGUGAGUUGUGAGGUUGGCGCUGUGAAUCCAACAUGGAGGUGAAGAAGGAUGGAGGAGGGUCGUGGUCUUCUUCAGGAGCAUCUUCCGCUCCGUCCUGCUACAGGAGCACCCUUGUAGCCUUCUUCCUCUUCUUCCUCGUUAUCGGAGUCUUCGUAGGUCUGGUUAUUGCCUAUCUGGUGCAGGAGCAGCAUUAUUUCAUGGAGACCGUGGAGCUGAAGGGUCUGAAGUACGAUCCUGUUCUGCAGGAUGAGAACUCUGGUUUCUUCAUCGUGCUGUCAUCCGUUUUAAAGUCCAAGAUUAAAAAUGUCUUCAUCACCUCAUCAAUAUCACAUCACUACAUCGAUUGCAGUAUUGUUGCCUAUGGUAACGUUAACGGUGACGUGAUGACGACGUUCAGACUGGUCUUCAGGGUGUCCAAGGUCCAGCAGUAUUCAGACAACUUUGUUCAGGACUUGCUGCGAGCAGGGCUCAGCUCAGCUAUGCACGGUGGACCACUGGAGGUGCCAGAAUUUGGAGAGAUCAACGCUAUCGUCUUACUGGGAGCCAGCGGGAAGUCGUUUUAUGCGAUCGGCGAUGAGAUGAUAGCCAGGUGUCCUGACAACACCUUCACAUGUGACAACGGAGAAUGUGUCACCAAAGUAAACCCAGAGUGUGACUUCAUCCCCGACUGUGCAGACGGCUCCGAUGAGGCUCGUUGUGCCUGUGGCACACGUCCCGCGAUGGGGACUCGGGUGGUGGGUGGUGAGGAUGCUCGGGAGGGGGAGCUGCCGUGGCAGGUCAGUCUGAGGUUCCACGGACGCCACACGUGCGGAGCCUCCAUCAUCAGCGAACGCUGGCUGGUCAGUGCAGCACACUGCUUUGAGAGGGACACUGACCCCAGAGAGUGGACGGCCCUGGUCGGAGCCACGCUGGUGAGCGGCGAGGAGUCCGAGUCCAAAACGAUAAACAUCAAGAGGCUGGUUGUGUCUCCAGACUACAACCCCAUGACCACUGACAACGAUGUCACCGUGCUGGAGCUGGAGACGCCGCUCACCUUCAGCUCCUACGUCCAGCCUAUCUGCCUGCCAGCCUCGUCUCAUGUGUUUGCCCCCGGACACAGCUGUAUGGUGUCAGGGUGGGGCGCGCUACACAUGUUAAAUGCUGAGGUGCCUCCCUCGCUGCAGAAGGCACUGGUGAAAAUCAUCGACUCCAAGGUGUGCAACAAGUCCUCCGUGUACAGAGGGGCCGUUACUCACAACAUGAUGUGUGCUGGAUUCCUGCAGGGCAAGGUGGACUCCUGUCAGGGUGACUCUGGGGGGCCUCUGGUGUGUGAGGGGGCCCCAGGUAGGUUCUUCCUGGCUGGCGUGGUGAGUUGGGGUGUCGGCUGCGCCCAGGUCAACAGGCCUGGGGUUUAUUCCCGUGUCACCAAGCUCCGCAACUGGAUUCUAAGUCACACAGAUCCCAGCCUGGUCCAUGAAUACUCCCCUCAUGUUCCCACUGCACCAGUUACUGUGACAGGAGGAAGCUUUAACCAUCCACCAGCGCCCAGGACCACUGCCAUGGACGUGUGGCCUGCACCAGCACUGCCUGCAUUGAACUGCAGUGGAAACUUCCAGUGUAGCUCCACCACCUGCAUCAGCAAGGUCAACCCGGAGUGUGACGGAGUCCCGGACUGCCCCAACCAGGCCGACGAAAGAAACUGUGACUGCGGUUUACGUCCGGCGCUGGGCUCCCACAGGAUCGUGGGGGGAGUAACAGCUCGAAGGGGAGAGUGGCCUUGGAUUGGCAGCCUCCAGUAUCAGAGACUUCACCGAUGUGGCGCCACUCUCAUUCACAGCAAAUGGUUACUCACAGCAGCGCACUGCUUCAAAAGUGAUUCAAACCCCACUAACUGGGCUGUGAGUCUUGGUUCUGUGCUGCGCUCCGGGGUAGGAGCCGUGGUCAUCCCCAUCCAGAGGGUCAUCAUCCACCCGGCCUUCAACGGCACCAACAUGGACCACGACGUGGCUCUGUUGGAGCUGGCAGUCCCAGCUCCCAUGUCCUACACCAUCCAGUCUGUCUGCGUCCCCUCACCGGUGCACCGCUUCCUGAAGACUGCAGAGUGCUACAUCACAGGCUGGGGAUCCAUGAGGGAGGGAGGUUCAUUGACCAACCUGCUGCAGAAAGCCGCAGUGAACCUCAUCGACCAGGCAGACUGCCAGCAGUCGUACGGAGACGUGCUAACCACUACUAUGAUGUGUGCCGGCUACAUGGAGGGAGGCAGGGACACCUGUUUGGGAGACUCUGGGGGGCCGCUGACCUGCCGUCAGCCUUCCGGCCAGUGGUUUAUAGCUGGAGUGACCAGCUGGGGACAUGGAUGUGGGCGAACUGGUUUUCCAGGGGUUUACACUCGAGUGACUUCCAUCAGGAAAUGGAUAUCUACAUACCUGUCUUUCUAGGAAGGCAAAACAAAACAAAACAAAAAAAAAAGGGAGCUGGCAAAAACACUACAGACACAGGACACAAUGGAUCCUCCUGCUACACCUUCUCCAGAAAAACUGUACUGUACAAGGACUCAAAGGCCACUAACACAUAGUUUCCAUGGUAUUGACCUGCUGGUCAUGGGUGCUGUUUGUAAUACUGUGCAAUCACCUGAUCUGGGAAUAUCCUCUUUCAUAAUUUACCGAAGAAACAACUGUGUCUUAUGGAUGUCGUACUAGCACAUGCAUAUUUAUUUCAGUUAUUUAUUUGCCUGAAAGUUACUGUACAUGGUGUUUUCAUUUUGUGUGGGGUUCAGAAUAUAUGAGGUGCAUUUAUGGGUACGUUUGCUCGUCUUUUUGUAUCUGUUCUUAGAUGCAAAUGUAAUAAUUGUUCCUGAGAGGUGGGUUUUCUGGGGGAAAUGUAGUUCUGUGUGAAAAAAAGAAAAAGUGGUAUUGGGUUGAUUAAAAAGGCAAUUCUGGUGAUGACAGAUGUACACUAAAAACCUUCAUUGGCAAGA